AUGCUGCCUCUGGGCCUCCUCACGGCCGCACAGGGCCACCCCAUGCUGGUCGAGCUGAAGAACGGCGAGACUCUGAACGGCCACCUAGUCACCUGCGACAACUGGAUGAACCUGAUCCUGCGCGAAGUAGUACAGACCAGUCCCGAGGGCGACAAGUUCUUCAGAUUGCCUGAAGUUUACAUCCGCGGCAACAACAUCAAAUACCUCCGUGUCCCCGACGAAAUCAUCGACAUCGUGAAAGAGCAGCAACAGAAUCAACCACAGCAUCGCCGUGGUGGUCACGGACGAGAUGGGGAUCGUGGGCGAGGCCGCGGCGGCCGUGGUGGUCGGGGCCGGGGUCGGGGUGGACGUGGCGGUGGUGAUCGCGGUGGUCUAUAA